UCCGUCCCUUCUCUUCCCUUCUCCCUGUACCUCCUCCCCCUCCCCAGCCCACCCCCCGGAACCAGCGGUCGGAGGAGCUGCCUCAGCAGUAGCGGUCGCGUUAGAAGCAGAAGCUACACUAGGAGAGCAGCGGCGGCAGCAGCGACUCCAACACCGCGGGAGCCGCCGGGAUGAGCGCCUCCCGCCGCCCUCUGCUCCGAACCCGGCCUUUCUGACAGGAGGUUUGAAGAUUGCUAAAACAUUACAAUCAUGGUGCAAAAAUAUCAAUCCCCGGUGCGGGUGUAUAAACACCCCUUUGAGUUAAUAAUGGCUGCCUAUGAAAGGAGAUUUCCUACGUGUCCUCUGAUUCCAAUGUUUGUACACAGUGACACUGUGAAUGAAUAUAAGAGUGAUGAUGGGGCUAUUCACGUUAUUGAACGACGCUGUAAACUGGACAUAGAUGCACCUAGACUAUUGAAAAAGAUUGCAGGAGUUGAUUAUGUUUACUUUGUUCAGAAAAAUUCAUUAAACCGCCGGGAACGGACCUUGCAUAUAGAGGCUUAUAAUGAAACAUUUUCCAACCGGGUCAUCAUUAACGAAUACUGCUGUUACACAGUUCACCCUGACAACGAAGACUGGACCUGCUUUGAACAGUCUGCAAGUCUGGAUAUUAAAUCUUUCUUUGGUUUUGAAAGCACUGUGGAAAAGAUUGCAAUGAAACAGUAUACCAGCAACAUUAAAAAAGGAAAAGAAAUCAUUGAAUACUACCUGCAUCAGUUAGAGGAAGAGGGCAUCACAUUUGUGCCCCGCUGGACUCCUCCAGUCUCAUGCUCCUCAAAGAAGACUUCAUCUUGCAGUAAACAAUCAGUGUCAGCUGCUAUUAGUAUACCCUCUACACCACCAAAGGAAGGAUUGAAUAAUGAAAUUCUUAAUUCCAACAGCUCAUCUGAGCUUGUGGUUGGGACACCUGAUGAUAAAUUAGAUGCAGACUACAUCAAGAGGUAUCUUGGUGAUUUGACUCCAUUACAGGAAAGCUGCCUGAUCAGGCUCCGACAGUGGCUCCAGGAAACCCAUAAGGGCAAAAUCCCCAAAGAUGAGCAUAUAUUGCGUUUCCUCCGUGCUCGUGACUUCAAUAUUGACAAAGCUAGAGAAAUCAUGUGUCAGUCAUUAACCUGGCGAAAGCAGCACCAAGUGGACUACAUUCUUGAUACAUGGAACCCUCCCCAAGUACUUCAAGAUUACUAUGCAGGAGGCUGGCAUCACCAUGACAAAGAUGGUCGUCCACUCUAUGUGCUUAGACUGGGACAGAUGGAUACCAAAGGUUUAGUUAGAGCACUUGGAGAAGAGGCUUUGCUGAGAUACGUUCUCUCAAUAAAUGAAGAAGGAUUAAGAAGAUGUGAAGAAAAUACAAAAGUGUUUGGCCGACCUAUCAGUUCGUGGACCUGUCUGGUAGAUUUGGAAGGAUUGAAUAUGAGGCAUUUAUGGAGACCUGGGGUGAAAGCACUACUCAGGAUCAUUGAAGUUGUUGAAGCCAAUUACCCUGAAACAUUGGGCCGCCUUCUGAUACUCCGCGCUCCAAGGGUCUUCCCUGUCCUGUGGACACUGGUUAGCCCAUUCAUUGAUGACAACACAAGAAAGAAGUUCCUUAUUUAUGCAGGCAAUGACUACCAGGGUCCAGGGGGCUUGUUGGAUUAUAUUGAUAAGGAAAUUAUCCCGGAUUUCCUGAGUGGAGAGUGUAUGUGUGAAGUGCCAGAGGGUGGGCUAGUUCCCAAAUCUCUGUACAGGACUGCGGAGGAAUUGGAAAAUGAAGACCUAAAACUCUGGACUGAAACCAUCUACCAGUCUGCAAGUGUUUUCAAGGAGCACCACAUGGAGAUUCUUAUUCAAAUUGUGGAUGCCUCCUCCGUGAUCACGUGGGAUUUUGAUGUGUGCAAAGGUGACAUUGUUUUUAACAUCUACCACUCCAAGAGAUCACCACAACCUCCUAAAAAGGACUCUGUGGGAGCUCACAGCAUUACUUCUCCAGUAGGAAAUAAUGUGCAAUUAAUAGACAAAAUGUGGCAGCUGGGACGAGACUAUAGUAUGGUGUCCCCACUCACUUGCAAAGAAGGAGAAAGUGUUCAGGGCUCACAUGUGACCAGAUGGCCAGGUUUCUACAUUCUACAGUGGAAAUUUCACAGCAUGCCAGCUUGUGCCACAACCAGCCUACCACGAGUGGAUGAUGUGCUGGCAUCACUGCAGGUUUCUUCCCACAAAUGUAAAGUGAUGUACUACACAGAAGUGAUUGGUUCCGAGGACUUCAGAGGUUCUAUGACCAGCCUGGAAUCAAGUCACAGUGGUUUCUCCCAGCUAAGUGCUGCCACAACCUCUUCCAACCAGUCUCACUCCAGUUCCCUGAUUUCCAGGUAGUGCAGCAGCACAAGUGAAAAAUGCGCAGAUGAAAUGAGAUGGCAGGACCUCUUCGGUGACAGCCAGCUGCACUACAGCAUACUCAACAGUGACAUUUGUGCAAAUCCCUCUCAGAUCCUCUUAGAUAGAAAAAUAGUGGUUCAGAUUUUAAAUGUAGUGAUUUUUGAACCUGAAACUAACUCAAAUAGGUAGUUUUAAUUCUAAACCUAACUUUAAACUCAGUAGCCAUAAAUUUUGUAUGCAGUGUGCACAAAAUCAAACUAAAGCACAAGGGCUCUUCUUGAAAAGAAUAGUUUGUAUACACUGAUUAAGAAGUAGACCAUUUAAAGUGUUGAUGCAAAAAAAUUUUUUUCCAACAAACUCUACCAUGGUGCAUUAGUGAAUGGAUUCCCAUGAGAGCCUUCAUCAAUUAGACAGUCUUUCUUCCUAUAUAGGACAGAAACCUUCCAGCUUGUCUCCCAUAAAUCCCAUCUUUGUUCUCAUGUUCUUUUCGCUGUUCUUUUGAAAUGUUCUACAUGUAAAAUGACAACUCACUGGACAUCUUUCCCUCCACGAAGCCCCUUGUUAAAUUUGGAAUAAUUCACAAACACCUCCAUUGGGAACUUCCAGCCCUGCUGUGGCUGACUUCAGGUGUUACUCAAUUUGAAAGGAGUUUAAAGGAGGCUGCCCAAACUUAAAGGAAGUUCUUCCAUUUGUAAAACUGCACUCUCUUUGCCCUUCUCUACAAUUUCCCAGCUCUCCAAAUUGGCAGUUGGAUUUUUCUGCUAGAAAGACAUUUGCUUUCAGUUUGAGCUUUCCCCUCCUCCUCUUGGAAAUUGUUCUUCAUAUCUGAGAUUCAUCUAAGUCUGGGCAUUAAGUACCCAAACUGUCUCCUGAACUUACUGUAGUAUCUCCUUGUAUCCCUGAUACCACAAUGCAUUCUUGAAGCUUAAUGUACUAAAACUAUGGUCAUCAGAACUUAAAUAUUUACUAACUAAAGGAGAUUUUAUUUGGAAAAUAGCAUGUCACCAGCAGCCAUUCCAUCUUGUAAUAUUUCGUGACAUUCCGGACUCACCAGCCUAAAUUUUGUGUUACCACCAUCAGCAUUUGCUGUUAAUUCAGCAGAGCAGUUUUUGUAGAAGUCCUGCUUUGUAAACAAGAACUAAAUCUUCCUUUUCUUUAUAACAGAAGCUUAGUUCACAUUACAACAAAGUCCUCCAUAGAAGGAAAUCAAAACAUGCAAUUAAUUUGCCUUUUACAUUUUUCCCUUAUAUUCCCGAGGACAAAAAAAAAACCAAAACCCUGCCUUUUCUUUAAUGUAAUCCGGUUACAGGAAAAGCAGGUGACUUUUAAAAGUGUGUCCUAAAUUGAAACUGGAGAAGCCUCAUUAAUGAAGAUGUUGAAUGCAUGCUUUUGUGUUUUUAGAAAUUGUGCCAAAACCUAAAAAGGCCAUUAUGUGUGUACCUAAUGUGCAUAUCAAUUCUGGACUGGAUCGUUUUAAAAACAAAGAAAAUUCCUUAAGGCAUCAAUUGGGCUUUGUGGCCAGAGAGCUUUGGCAAAGUGUGUGUGUGUGUGUAUGUAUAUGUAUGUCAGUGUUGUCUGUGUAUUGUGCCUGGGCCAAGGGGUGAGGGGAGGGAGGAACAAAUAGCAGAUGGCUGAGAAAAUCCAGCCUGUUGACACCAGUUAAUUAAGUUCUUCCAAAGCUAGUGUAUUCCCUGAAAGAGUUCUUUGGCUUUUAUGUUAAUUGCCUGCCUUUCUAGACCUUAGCUGUGUUGCCUUUCAUAGGAUGAGCUUAACAUUGGCACCAGAAUGUUGUUUUCAGAAAGCAUGAUAAGGGUUAUUUAAUUCAGCGGCAUUUGUGCUGCUUCCAGAUAGUGCUUCCUGUUUUCCAAGUUACAAGGACCUGAAGAUGGUCCUCUCUUUUCUUCUUUCUCUCCUUAUGUUUGUCUCAGAUGGCGAUUUUGCUGACAGCUGCAAAGAAAGUGCUUCACUCAACAACCUACAUCUGCCCAGAGAUGUUUGUAGAGUUCUUUGAAUUGUAGCCAUUUUAAGUUGGCUCAAAAGUGACAUGUCUUUUUUUUCCAGAAGAAUUUACUAUGUCUUUAAGAGCCCAAAGCCCCAUUACUACACAAAUGCUUACAGGGUUUAUUCAUGAGGAAACUAAGAAUUAAUUCUCUCUUGAAGAGAAUUGAUGUGACAAACAUAACCUGAUUAUGCAGUUCGCCUAUAUAAUUUUUGCUAUUUCGCCUCUUUUUUUUUUCCCCCAAAGUGUGAUACUAUUACUGCUCUCAUUCCACUUUCUUCUGGCACUGAUGAUUCUUUUGGCUUCUCCCCAGUAUUACUAGAAUCUUAGCCUACCCUUCUUCCUGAAUUCAUUAUUCACAUAUCGAAUUCUGUAAAUGAUUAUAAACAUAUUACCUCACUCUUGGUAAUAAGAUACUGAUAGUCUUUAAAAGAUUUUUUUUGUUAUCAAUAAUAAAUGUGAACUGUUUAAAGAAAAAAAAA